AACGGGAUUAUUCCUCAUAAACAAAUUCCACUUCCGCUUCCUUUUCAGCCUCGAAUUUGCAACAUGGCGCAGGGAAAAAAUAAACGGCUCACUAAGGGAGGAAAGAAGGGUGCAAAGAAGAAGAUUGUUGACCCUUUCACCAAGAAGGACUGGUAUGAUGUGAAGGCUCCUUCCAUGUUCAAUAUUCGCCAGAUUGGCAAGACACUGGUCACCAGGACCCAAGGAACUAGGAUUGCUUCUGAUGGUCUGAAGGGUCGUGUGUUUGAGGUCUCUCUAGCUGAUCUCCAGAACGACGAGAUCACCUUCAGGAAGUUCAAACUGAUCGCCGAGGAUGUUCAGGCACGCAACGUUCUCACCAACUUCCACGGCAUGGACUUGACCCGUGACAAGCUUUGCUCCAUGGUGAAGAAGUGGCAGUCUCUCAUUGAGGCUCACGUAGAUGUGAAGACCACUGAUGGAUUCCUUCUCCGCAUGUUCGCUAUUGGAUUCACAAAGAAGAAGCCCUACCAGGUUAAGAAGACCUGCUAUGCCCAGCAUGCACAGAUCAAAACGAUCCGCAAGAAGAUGGUGGACAUCAUCACCAGGGAGGUCUCCUCCAACGACAUGAAGGAAGUCGUCAACAAACUUAUCCCCGACAGUAUCGGAAAGGAUAUUGAGAAGGCAUGCCAGGGGAUCUACCCACUCCACGACGUAUACAUCCGUAAGGUCAAGGUCCUGAAGAAGCCAAAGUUUGACUUGGGCAAAUUGAUGGAGAUGCAUGGUGAGGGUGGCAGCAAGACCAUUGUCACAGAGACCGGCGAGAAGAUCGAACGAACGGACAACUUCGAGCCACCUGUGCUUGACUCUGUAUAGACUCUUACAUUACCUGUGAUGAGGCAAAGAAAAUAAAGAGAAAAAUCUUCA